AUGCACAACUCAUCAUCUUCGUCUAAUAAUGAUAAUAACAAUACUAACAAUAAUAAUAAUAAUAAUAAUCAGAAUGAUAAUACAAAAGAAAAUAUGGAUGGUAUUCUUGAUGUGAUGUUUGAUUAUACAGGAAAUGGAGACGAUGAACUUACAAUACGACGUGGUAAUAAAUUAGAAGUUUUAUCCAAAGAUGAAUCAAUUUCAGGUUCACGUGGUUGGUGGACUGGAAGACUUGUUGAUACAAAUUCCGUUGGCAUUUUUCCAGCUAAUUUCGUAGCUAAUUCGAAACCAAAUCUUCGUAUUAUUGAUUAUAAUGAUAUACAAAUAGGCGAUACGAUUGGUGUGGGUGGUUUCGGUCAUGUCUUUCGUGGUAAAUUUGGUGAUAUUGAUGUAGCUAUAAAAACAGCCAAAUCUCUGGCAUCAUUUCGUUCAAUUCAAACAACAACAACCAAUGAUGAUACAUCACAUCAAGUACAAAAAUCUCUUAUCGAUAGUCUUUUACGUGAAGCACGUCUUUUUUCUAAUCUUGAACAUCGAAAUAUCAUUCAAUUAUUUGGUGUUAGUCCAUCAUUAUUAACAAAAAAUCUUUAUCUUAUUAUGCAAUAUGCACAUGGUGGUGCACUAAAUCAACUUUUACAAAAACGUCAAUCAGGUCUUUAUCCGAAUGUAUUUAUUAAAUAUGCAAAACAAAUUGCAGAUGGAAUGAAAUAUUUACAUGAAGAAGCAUGUGAACAUAUUAUUCAUCGUGAUUUAAAAUGUUCAAAUAUUCUUAUUUUAGAACAAAUUAAUGAUGUUCAUGAUGAUAAUGAUCUUCUAGAAAAGACAUUAAAAAUAACUGAUUUCGGACUUGCAAGAAUACAAUUACAAUCAUCAAGCAUGUCUGCAGCUGGAACAUUUGCUUGGAUGAGUCCAGAAUGUAUCCGGAAUAGUGAAUAUUCAACUAAAUCAGAUGUUUGGAGUUUUGGUGUUCUCCUUUGGGAAUGUUUAACAGGUGAAUUACCUUAUAAAGGUUUUGAUCAGAUGCAAGUUGCAUUUGGUAUCGCAACUAAUAAAUAUUCUCUUCCUAUUCCAACUACAUGUCCAGAUGAAUUCUCACAAUUAAUGACAAAUUGUUGGAAACUUCUUCCAAGUGAACGACCAACAUUUAGUGAUUUACUUGAACAAAUCGAUGGAAUUAUUGAAAGAAAUUACAUGGAAGCAAAUGAAGAAUCUUAUCAAUCAUUACAACAAGAUUGGCGUCAAGAAAUUCAAGAUAUGUUUAAUGAAUUAAAAGAGAAAGAACAAGAAAUUCGUGAUCGUGAACAAGCAAUGCAUGAACGUACUUUAGAACAAAAUCAUCAACGUUUACAAUUAGAAAAAUGGGAACAACAAUUACAUGAACGUGAAAUGCAUAUUGUUGAAUUAGAAUUAAAAUUAUUAAUGGCAACAAAUAAUCAAGAACGUACACAACAUCAAACACCUAAAGUACAAAAACGAUCAGGACGUUUUAUGCGUUCACUUCUUAAUGGAAAUACGACUAUUUCAUCGAAUAAUAAUACAAUAAUUAGUAGUCCAACAAAUUUUCGUCAUUUAAUAUCCGUGUGUCAUAAUCAUCUAGGAAUUGAUCAUAGUUCAUCACCAACAAUUCCGACUUCAUCAACAUCAUCUUCCUCACCUAUAUCAUGUGCAAUGCCAUCAAAUUCAUCCAUAACAAUUCUUUCAAAUUCAUCAAAUAAAUCAUUUAAUUCGCCUUAUAAUUGUUCAUUUUCAAGUAAUAGUACACCAUCAACACCCAAUAUAAAUCGACUUCGUACAUUAACCUUUCAUUUUCCAGUUGAUGGAUAUAAUUCUUCGACACCUCCGGAAAAACCUCCACGCUCAAGUAGUCAAACGAAAUGCUCUAGUCGAAAAUCUAAAUCAUCAAUUUCAUCAAGUAUAAGACAAAAAUAUGGAAAAUCAAAUGCUCGUAAUGGUGAACCGAAAUGGUAUUUAGAUACUUUAUCACCAACAAUUACGAAUAAUAAUGAUAAUCUUACAACAUCAAGUACAAUAUCAACUCCAAUUAUUGAUCGACAAAGUCGAAAAUUAGUUUCAAAAAGUUCAGAUGAAUUAAACUCAUCAUCAUCAUCAUCUCUAUGUUCAACACCAAAUGAUCGUUCAUUAGCCCGUGCUUUAUUUGAUAUAAAUUCUAUGUUAAUUAAUAUUGGACUUGGUCGUCGUGCACCAUCUCAAUUAGAUUCUUCAACAACAAUAACGUCUCAACAACAACAACAAUCAAUUCCACUUCGUUCAACAAAUGAAAUCAUAACUAAAAAAACAUCAUCAUCAAUAGCAAUAGAACGAACUAGUUCAUCAUCAAUAGUAAAUGACUCAGAAUUUAUAAAUAUUAAUUAUAAAGCUCGACCUUCUUGUUCACCUGUUCGACCUAAUUCACUUGUGCUUUCAUCUUCAACUCCACAAAAUUCUAGUCAAAAGAAACCUAUAGAAAGUGAUGAUGAUUAUGAAAAAUAUUAUUCAGCACAAUCAUCGAAUAUAUCAACACCAAUUGUACAUCAUUCAAUGGAUCUAUCAUCUUCUUCUUUAAGAACUUCACAAGAAAAAUUAAUUCUAUCAUCUAUACUUGAUAUUGAUAAUGAAGAACAACAACUACCUCAAAUAAAAAUAUUUCAAACUACAAAAUGA